AGAAGUUGAGACGCUCUUAACGCAGACGCGCAGCGAGAUUUGCUGAAAUUCAUCUGCUCGCCGCACCAGACUGGACUCAAACACUUCAACUGCGAGGAGAGAGGAAGAGAAGGUGUUCAGAUCUCUCACAGCCUGCUACAGAAGAGCGAUGGAUUCGCGGAGAAUCGCAGCUUUGCUCCUUGCUGCCUGCCUCAGCGCGUCAGCUUCAGACCAGUUCGACACGGAGUGUUAUACAGCAAAUGGAGAGGACUACAGAGGUCGACAGAACCAGACAAGCCUGGAAGGAGGAAGACCGUGCCUUUUCUGGAAUGAGACUUUCCAGCAUCCAUACAACACCAUCAAGUACCCCAAUGGAGAAGGAGGUCUUGGACCACACAACUUCUGCAGGAACCCAGAUGGAGAUGUUCGGCCAUGGUGUUAUAUCGCAGAUCUCGAGGAUGGGAUCUACUGGAAAUACUGUGAUAUUCCCACCUGCCAAAUGCCUGGAAACCUGGGCUGUUUUAAGGACAGCGGUGAUCCAACACCUCUGUCUGGAGGCUACCAGACCUCCAACAAACUCACCAUUCAGAACUGCAUCAGCUUCUGCCGCAACCAGAGAUACAAGCUUGCCGGUAUGGAAUCAGGCUAUGCUUGUUUCUGUGGCAACGACAUUGAUUAUCAUCGUCACGGUGACGCUCCGAGCACAGAGUGUAACCAUGUGUGUUUUGGGGAUCACACUCAGCCAUGUGGAGGCGAUGGACGCGUCAUAGUCUUCGACACAAAAGUAGGCGCUUGUGGGGGAAACUUCACAUCGCCCUCCGGAGUGAUCUACUCUCCUGAUUUCCCGGACAAAUACAAACCUGGCAGGGUCUGCUACUGGACCAUUCAGGUUCCAGGUGCUUCUGUCCUUCUGUUCAACUUUACUUUCUUCAAUAUCGUGGAUCAGACUGAUAUGGUGGAGCUGUUGGAUGGCUACUCCAAUCAGGUGUUGGCGCGAUUUGACGGCCGCAAUCCACCGCGGGACAUCGUGAACAUCACUGCAGACUUCGUCAUUUUGUAUUUUUACUCGGACAGGACAAAUGAGGCGCAAGGAUUUUCUGUUCUUUAUCAUGCUUUAAGAAAUCAAGCCGUCACACCUCUGGAGGAGGAUGACGAUGGUGAUGAAGAGGACACCAGUACAGCGCAGCCGCAUACGGGAAGCACUACAGCAAAAUCAAACACCAGUCAGAAUGGAAAAUCCUCCCUCCGGUACUAUGUAAUCACAUCAAGUCCUGCAAAGAUGCCAGGUCAGUGGCAUGAACCGGGCCGGACCGCGGGCCACAGCACCAUGUGGACCAUCUACGCAUUAGCUGCUCUGCUAACGCUAACAGUCAUAGCCAUGGUGGCUAAGCUGCUCCUGCAUCUUACUGUAAAAUCCCCGGCCAUCCCGUCAAUCAGCGGGUCGGAUUCGUGCGCGCAGAGCACCACGUCUGAACCCUGGAUCAUCUUCUACAGACCUUCCACCAUCUCUCUGUUUAAGAAGAAACUCAAGAACCACCAUGGAGACCUCAGCCCUCUCGUGGGAAACUAACCUCACUGCCUCUGACCUCUACGGCUGCUUUAGCCCCUAAAGGAUGCACACACUGUACACAAUGCUGGUCUUCUGCUGCUGGAUCCGAUUCAUGCCUAAUUCAGUUCAAACGACCAGUGCAGGGCCCAGCUUACACGUGCCGAUCGCUUGUUGGUAAGAAACUGCGCAAAAAGAGCUCGACGCUAGCCGACGCGCAUACUCUCAAUUUGCAUCCUAACCAAUCACAAAUCAUGUGACAGGUGCAUAUAUGCACCGAGCGAUUUGAUUAGCAAAAGAGCGCUGGGAUGCUUCUGUUGCCACAGACCAAAACGAACAAGUGACCAUUGCUGUAAAAUGGAUAGUCGUUUCUCUAGGUGCUUUCACAGAAGCGAUCAGCCGAUAAGCGUCCGCAUUGGAGCGCACUGAAAGACAAAACCACUUACGUAACCAAAAUAACGCCACGGUACCCAACCAGCCCCUGCGGAGGAGAGAUACCAUUCAGUUUCGCUCGCUUUUUAACCUCUAAUGUAGGUCACCUGUUGUUGAGGAGCACUGAACUCCUUUCUUCAGAUGUAAGAGAGCUGGCUGAACUGUCACAAUCAUGUCGAGAGCAAUUCGGACUCAACAAGAAAGCCUCGAGAGAGAGAGAGAGAGGUGGACGGCGGAGAACCAAAGCCUGAAAUUGCUACAAGUUGGGCGAUGCUCAAAACGAGCUGACAUCCCUGUGGACCUCGCUUUCGUCUCUUGUCGUUUGUGUUGGGUUUUGAUCUUUCUGCAUUGCCUUUAAGUGCCUUCAGGACUGAAAAAACCUCUUUUGUCUGUCUUCUAAGCUGUCACAAUGUCAAACAAGCAUUGAUCCUUCGGAGCAUUGAAUUGCAAAUGAGAAUAAGCACUAAGGAUGUGUUUUUUCUUCUUGGGGAUUCUCGAGAUAAAUGUAGUCCUGUGGGUGUCAUUGGGCAUAUUAUUCUUGUCAGGUUUUCGACUUGAGUAAGGGAAGCAUUGUGAUGAAUGCUGUGUAAUUCUGUGUGGGAACAAUCGAACGUCAUCCCCUUUCAUUUCCCUCUCCAACAGAGGCAGUGGUGAAAUUCUUCCAAAACAAUUUGCUCUUUCUCCCCCUUCACCACAACUUGAGCUUUCACAUUCUGAAGCACUUUUCCAGCCGGCAGAAAACCAUGCGGAUCACUGCACUGCUAGCUGCGAGGAUUGAGGACGCUUCCUACGAGGGAACGCGCACAAACUGGUUAAAAAGCAUAGUUGGCCCAAAAAUGAACAUUUUGUCAGCAUUUACUCGCCCUCGUGUCGUUCCAAACCUGACUUACUUAGAACGCAAAAUAAGGUAUUUUGAAGAAUGGUUUACUUUAUCCAUACAUGUCAUUGAAAGUCAGAGAAAAAAAAAAGAAAAGAACACCGUGCCUCAUUCAUGGAAUAUUUGUGUGUGUGU